AUGAAAGGAAAGAAAACGCUGUUUGAUUAUUUCGACUUUUCGAAGAAGAAGGAGCACUCUGGGGAGCCGUCGUGCAGGAUGUCCGACGUGGAGAAUGGUGUGAACGAGGCCCUCUCUGUGGAUUGGGAGGAAGCCAAGAGAGCAUGCCGGGCCUUGCAUCCUGAGCAUAUGGGUGAGGAGGAUGUCGGCAACGAGCCGGUAGAUCUACAGGAAGAUACGCAGACGCAGCAGGCGAGCAAGAGUGGCAGGAUACUAAUGGGAGAUGAGGAGAAUGAGAGGAGGAGAGUAGAGAAAGAAGAGAGAUAUAGAUUUCUUGAGGAUGUCCGAGACAGAAAUGGACGGAGAAGGGGAGACGAAGGAUAUGACCCCUCGACCCUUCUGAUACCGGAGCACGAGUACAAGAAGUUCACGCCCUUUGAGAAGCAGUUCUGGGACAUAAAGAAGGACUUCUUCGACACCAUUGUGUUUUUCAAGAAGGGGAAGUUCUAUGAGCUGUAUGAGAAUGAUGCACUUGUCGGGGCAAGGCUGUUUGACCUGAAGAUUACGGACAGAGUCAACAUGAAGAUGUCUGGGUUUCCCGAGGGCAGCCUCGACUACUGGUCCAGAAAGUUUCUGGAGCAUGGAUACAAGAUUGCCAGGGUUGAGCAGAGCGAGAACAUGAUUGGAAAGCAGAUAAGAGAGAGGGACGAGAUGAGCAAGGAGGGCAGGGUGGUGAAGGACAAGAUAAUACGGCGCGAGCUCAAGGAGAUCAUCACACAGGGGACGAUCUACAGCAUAGACUACAUGAGGUCUGCGAUGCCUAUGUAUCUUAUGAGUGUUGCGACGGAUGAGGUCUGCUACUCUGAGACGUGCAGCGGGGAGGUUCAUACGUCUGUUGUGCUGUAUGAUGCAAGUAUUGGAGAGGUGUACUUUUCGUCGUUCUGUGACGACAGGUCUCACCAUGGGAUCCGAACGAUUCUAUCACAGCACGAUGUCAAGGAGAUGAUUGCAGACUUCAGCAUUGGGGGAGUUCCCCGGGUUGUGCCUGACAAGACGGCGUGUGUAUCGAACAGGAAGUACGAGUUUUCGAACGAGAGGGAGUAUGUGUGUUUCCAGUACCUGAUGAGAUACAUGGAGAAGCUUCGGAGGGCUGAUGCUCUGAUGAAUGUGAAGAUUUCAAGACUCCAGGACGAGGCGAGAACGAUGGGGAUUGACGACGCUACGCUCCGGAACAUGGAGAUAUUCAAGAACAACUACAAUGGAACGGACGAGAAGACCCUCUUCAAGGCUGUCGACUUCUGUAGCACACCGUUUGGACAGAGGCUGCUUAGGAGAUGGAUGAUGGCGCCGCUGGUGAGGAAGGAGGAUAUUGUGAAGAGACAGGAGAUGGCACUAGUGUUCAAGAGGAUGGAUAGUACUAAGCUAAAAGAGGCCUUGGGAAGGAUAGGGGAUGGAGAAAGGCUCUUGGUAAGGCUUUACAAUGGAAACCCGACUGCAAAGGACCUAAGCAAGUUCAUUAGAUGUCUUGGGGCUUGUAAGGAGACGUUUGAUGUUCUGGGGAUGGAAUUGAGGACAAGGAGAUUGGAAGGUGCUCGGGAUAUUGUGGAAAAGGCAGAAGACUACUCUUGCCGAAUAGAAGAGGUGCUUGUGUGGCAUCGUAAGGUCUACGAUGUGACCGAGGCAGGGAUAUCUCCGGGGGAGGAGAAUGAGGACGAGCUGUGCCACCUGAUGAGCGAGAAGGGGAAGAUCGAAGGUGACCUGGAUGCAUAUCUGCAAGAGCAAAAGACUAGGCUGGGAUGCCCAUCGAUAAGGUUCAGAGAUGUAGGGAAGGACGUCUUCCAGAUGGAGGUGCCAAAGGAGAUAGGCGUUCCCUCGGACUACUUCAUAAUGUCGUCGGUCAAGGGCGUCAACAGAUACUAUUCUAGGGACCUGAGGAAGCUUGUUGAAAGGUACAUGGAAUGCGAAGAGAGGAUAUUCCAGUCGAAGGGGUCUCUGCUCAGGAGGGCCAUAGAUGUGCUUCUUCCACAUGUCAUUUUCUUCCGGCAGGUGUUCUGCGAGCUUGCCCAGAUUGACUGCUAUCUUUCGUUUGCAACUUUUUCGCAGCGGAACAGGACGUCAACACCUGUCUUUUCGACAAAGCUUUGCUUUUCUGGGAUGUCAAGCCCGAUAUACCCUGCGUUUGUGGAAAACGACUAUGACGGAUGCAGAAGAAUACUUGUGCUUACUGGGGCCAACAUGGGAGGGAAGUCGACACUGCUGAGGACGAUAUGCUUUAACGUGAUUCUCAGUCAAGUUGGGAUGGAUGUGUGCUGCAAACGGAUGGAAACACCUCUCUUUGACAGGAUAUUUACCAGGAUAGGGGCUCGGGACGAUCUUGCAAAGGGAGAAUCAACCUUCAUGAUCGAGCUGGGAGAGACAUCAAACAUCCUGAGGCACUCGACAAGAGACUCGCUUGUGAUUAUGGACGAGCUUGGACGCGGGACCUCGACCAAGGACGGAGGAUGCAUUGCAAGGGCUGUUCUUGAGUAUCUCAAGAAGAAGGAAUGCCAUGUCCUGUUCUCCACACACUAUCACGGAAUUAUUGGAGAGGUUGAGGGGGUCAGUAAUGGAUACAUGAGCUCUGUGAUCAAGGGAAGGGACAUUGUGUUUUUGUACAAGCUUGUGGCUGGUGUGUCUGGGGACUCCCAUGGCCUGUAUGUUGCAAGGAUGGCGGGAGUUCCCGAUGCCAUUGUUGAAAGGGCAGAAGGAAUAAGGAAGGAGCUUCUGAAGUCUUCUGUCGGCAGGAGCUGA